CUUCCGGGCGGAAGCGCCGCUGCCGAGCCUGCGGGAGAGAGGCAGAGUGACAGGAGGGCCGGAGCGCAGAGGGGGAGAGAGCCGGAGAGCGGGCUGAAGUGGACAAAUACAAAAACUACAUAAAAAAAAAAACUAAACAUCCAUAUGGCUUCCAGGGUACUGAGUCUGAGCAGCGCCUGCUGUCUGCUGCUGUAUUUCGCGGCGGCUGUGCUGGCAGGGCGGGAUUUCUACAAGAUUCUCGGGGUGUCCCGGUCGGCGUCCAUCAAGGACAUUAAGAAGGCGUACAGGAAACUGGCCCUGCAGCUGCACCCGGACCGGAACCCGGACGACCCCCAGGCGCAGGACAAGUUCCAGGACCUGGGCGCGGCGUACGAGGUGCUGUCGGACGAGGAGAAGAGGAAGCAGUAUGACGCUUACGGGGAGGAGGGACUGAAGGAGGGGCACCACAGCUCCCAUGGGGACAUCUUCUCCAGUUUCUUCGGCGACUUUGGGUUCAUGUUCGGCGGUAACCCGCGGCAACAGGACCGGAACAUUCCCCGAGGAAAUGAUAUCGUCCUUGACCUGGACGUGACCCUUGAAGAAGUGUAUUCUGGGAACUUUGUGGAGGUGAUCCGCAACAAGCCGGUGGCGAAGGAGGCCCCUGGGAAGAGGAAGUGCAACUGCCGACAGGAAAUGAGGACCACGCAGCUGGGGCCAGGCCGCUUCCAGAUGACCCAGGAAGUGGUUUGCGAUGAGUGUCCCAAUGUCAAGCUGGUGAAUGAGGAGCGGACUCUGGAGGUGGAGAUCGAGCAGGGGGUCAGAGACGACAUGGAGUAUCCCUUCAUCGGUGAAGGAGAGCCGCACAUCGACGGGGAGCCCGGAGACCUGCGAUUCCGCAUCAAAGUGAUGAAACACCCCGUAUUCGAGCGGCGCGGAGAUGAUCUCUACACCAAUGUCACCAUCUCCCUGGUGGAGGCGCUGGUGGGCUUUGAGAUGGACAUCACACAUCUGGAUGGACACAAGGUGCACAUCGUCCGCGACAAAAUCACCAAACCGGGGGCCAAGCUGUGGAAGAAGGGAGAGGGGCUCCCCAACUUCGACAACAACAACAUCCGCGGCUCGCUGAUCGUGACCUUCGACGUGGAGUUCCCCCGGGAGCAGCUGACCGAGCAGCAGAGAGAGGUGGAGAGGGCCCUGACGCUGUCGGGGGGGCGUGUGAGCCCGCUGGUCCCCGUGCUCCUCAAGGGGCCGUGA